CGGUUGCGGAGCGGCCCCGGGAGCGCUCCCUGCUGCGGCGGCGGCCGGUGAGCGGCGGCGGGGCCGGGGCUCCGCUUCUGCCGCCCCCGGAGGGACAGGCCGCGGGGCCGUUGCGGUGCGGAGGCGGCGGGCCGGGGGUUGCUGCCGGUAGUGUGAAGUCAUGGCCAUCCUCUUCGCUGUGGUGGCCAGGGGCACAACCAUCCUUGCCAAACAUGCCUGGUGUGGAGGAAACUUCCUGGAGGUGACAGAGCAGAUCCUGGCAAAAAUACCAUCUGAAAACAACAAACUGACCUAUUCACAUGGGAAUUACCUGUUUCAUUACAUCUGCCAAGACAGGAUUAUAUACCUCUGCAUCACAGAUGAUGACUUUGAACGAUCCAGAGCCUUCAACUUCCUGAAUGAAAUCAAGAAGAGGUUUCAGACCACAUAUGGCUCAAGAGCACAGACAGCCCUUCCCUAUGCAAUGAACAGCGAGUUCUCGAGUGUCUUGGCUGCACAGCUGAAAUACCACUCAGAGAGCAAAGGCCCUGACCAGGUGGCAGAGACACAGGCACAGAUUGAUGAGCUGAAAGGAAUCAUGGUUCGGAACAUCGACCUUGUGGCACAAAGAGGAGAGAAGCUGGAGUUGCUGAUUGAUAAAACAGAGAAUCUUGUGGACUCAUCAGUCACUUUCAAAACUACCAGCAGGAACCUUGCUAGAGCCAUGUGUAUGAAGAACCUCAAGCUUACCAUCGUCAUCAUCAUCGUGUCAAUUGUUAUCAUCUACAUCAUUCUGUCAGCUGCCUGUGGAGGGCUGGCGUGGCCAAGCUGUGUGCAGAAGUAACUGGAGGCAGCUGGUGCUGGUCACUUGGAGAUGAGAAUCGCAGGAGUGUGAAGAAGCAACCUACUAAAUAACUCUUAAUCUUUCACUACUGACACCUCCUCAUUCUUCCAUCCCUCCAGGACUUCAGAUGUUUUUGCCUUAUCACCCCAAACAGGCCCAGCUGCUCUGUGCUUCUGUGCAGCUGGAGCCUUGAGAAUGGGCUGUUUUAAAUUACUUGAAGGGAUUGUUUUGUUUGUUUCUCUGUCCCAACCUCCCCCUUCUCAGCAGGCUGGUGGUAUGUCAGGCUCUGGAGGGUUCUGUGCAUGCUCAACCCCCUGUCCCUGGGGCUUUGCACUUUCCUGGGAGUGUGGCAGUGGGGAACAUCUCUGCUGGUAUGCCUCUUGACCUAUAGGAUGGUGUUGAAGGGUGGUUUGGGGUGGGCUGAGCCAAACUCAUGGCAUAGGGAUGAGAUGGAUGGAUGUGAAUUUCCACUUUCUACAAAGAUGGGAGCUCCAGGGGCUUGUACCUGCACAGCCUGGAAGUCUGGGCCAUUCCAGCACCUGGAGGUUGCAGGGGUAAGACUGGUAGUAACAAGAAUGGCUUUGGGGCCGAGGCUUCACCCACUCUGGGGAGGUGCUGCCUCUGGGUGAAAUCUCCCUUUUCCUGGAAGUGUCUCUGCAGGUGGCAGGAGAGGGUGUUGGGUCACCUCAGCAUUUUGGAAUGGCUGCCUCUUCAUCCUCACUCCUUCCUCAUCUACUCCUCUUUUACUUUGUGGCUAAAUCGAUACAGUAAAGGAGAUGGUUGCAUAUAGUCAAGGUUGCAGUAAUGUAUCUGCUUUCUCACAUGUUAUUUCUCCUGUUCUUUUGAGGGUGGACUAAAAGGAAUAAUAAUAAUGUUAUCAACCUGCUCAGUUGAAAUUGGGGGCCAAUCUCUUGCUCUGACUUGAUGAGGUGUCAGGUACCUGCUGCUUGUGCUUCUACUCUGGAGGUGCACCCUAAGACUCGGGGGCAGAGAAGGGAGGUUGGAGCUCAUGGAGGGUCACUUUCUCUAUGAUCUGAAGAGGAAAGGCUGUUUCAGAGGAUAAGAGAGGAAGAAACAAACCCCAGGCUAGUCACCAAAUGUAGGGUCAGGUAGGGUGGUGAUGUGCUGCUGGCAGAAGCUGUGAGUGCCACUGCUUCUGCCCCAGCUGGACAUGGGAACAUCAGGCCCAUCCUGGCUGCCCGGGGCCGAAGUUGCUAGUGCCUGGACUGAGGGUGUCGAGACUCUGGUCUUGUCUCUUGCAGACUCAGUGCCAAGAGACGAAACAGAACUGAAAUCUCAUUAAAGGAUCAGCCAGCCUCCAAAGGAAGUGGCCUCCUCCUAGUGGGUGGAAGCUGGGGAGACAGGGGAAGGGGAGGCUUCAGCCAGUGACUGAACUCAAGGCAUUUGGUUGGGACCGUGGGUUCCCUGCACUACAGUCACGAUGCCAUGUAACUGCUCCUCCUUUGCUUUUGUUGGUGGGUGUUACACUGACCUGGGAGCUUUCCAGCAGGUCUAGCUUAUUCAGGUUUGUCAUCUUCCAGGCUGAAAUUCAGCUAAGGGUGAUAAGCAGACCAUGCAAUGUGGUUCUGUGCAGUGCUAGGGGCACUGGCUGCUGUUUCUGUGCUCAGCAACUGUAAAGCUUGGAGAAAGCCUUCCCUCCCCUGACCUCCUCGUGCAGCCCCCAGCCCUGUGUACAGCUCUGCAUGUCGUAGGGAUUGUUGAUGUGACUCUGUUCAUUUCUAUCAUUUGUUGUCUUAUGUACAAAUACUUUUUAAAGAACUCCUUCCUUUCCUUUUAAAGGAUGCACUGAGGCAUUAGUGUAAAAACAAAGGUAACUUGAUUUAAAUAAAAUUCCUGUACAGAAAGCA